UGCUGCACAGGAAAGGGGAAGCAGGAAGGAGUCCCUGCUUCCCCAACAUCCAGACUCCAGGAGCUGCACUGCCUCACUCCAGCCCAUAAUGGACAGAGGUAUGUGUGUGUGACUGUCUGACCUCAGUUUUUCACUGUCUUCUUGUGUGUGACUAUAACUGUCUGUGUGUGACUGUCUGUCUCUCUGUGUUUGACUGUCUGCCUGUAUGUGACUGUAACUGUGUGUGUUUGACUGUCUGCCUGUGUGUGACUGUCUGUCUCCUGUGUUUGACUGUCUGCCUGUAUGUGACUGUAACUGAUUGUGUUUGUGACUGUCUCUGUGUGUUUGACUGUCUGCCUGAAUGUGACUGUCUGCCUCUGUGUAUGUGGCUGUCUGUGUGUGACUGUAACUGUGCAUUUGACUGUCUGCCUGUUUGUGACUGUAACUGUGUGUGUGUGACUGUAACUGUGUGUGUGUGACUGUCUGUAUGUGAAUGUAACUGUGUGUGUGUGACUGGCUCUGUGUGUGUGGCUGUCUGUGUGGGACUCUUAACUGUGUGUGUUUGGCUGUCUGCCUGUAUGUGACUGUAACUGUGUGACUGUCUGUGCCCCCCUUCCGCCUCCCCCCCCCCCAAAUGCGGGCACUGUCUCAAGGGCAAUGUGUUUUUUUUAUAAUCCUUGGUGUAGAAUAAUAAAUCCUCCACCCGGGUUUAUUAAAAACAAAAACAAAUUGUGGCGGGGGUGGUGCCGGCGCCAAAUGUGCCCAGAAGACAUUGGCAAGGGUAACUGCUGCACAGGAAGAGGAAAGCAGGAAGGAGUCCCUGCUUCCCUAACAUCCUAACUCCAUGAGCUUCACUGCCUCCACUCCAGCCCAGCCAGGGCAUUUCUUACACCAAAACCACUAUAUUGUGCUGUCGUGAUUAUGGUGCUUGGAGUGUUCCCAUAAUUGCUAUCGUUUGUAGAUGUUUGCAAGUUACCUUUUCCAUUACUCUGAACCUGCUGCAGACAGACUGACUUGGCAUCCUGGGAAGAGCAAUUGCACAGUCCAAGCAACAAAGUGUGUAAUUUAUUGCUCCACUCCUGAAAGAUUUUCUCGACUUUCAGAAAGGCUUUGUAUUCUAGAACAGAACUUUUCAUUUCUUUUGCUUAUUACCUUUGUACAUCUCUUCUAAAAAGUAAAAUGAGUAAUAAUGAGAGUGAGAGGGUAACAUAAUAUGUUUACUGAAAGUUAGAAUAAUUAGAAAUGAACACAGCUGCAACAUUGUCAUACAAUGCUCUCUACUUCAUAUUCUUCUUCACUAAAGCUUUUUUACCGAUUAGAAUUAUAUGUUCCUCUACCCCCACCUAGUGGUAUAACUCAGAAACAAGUAUUGCUUUGAAAAAGAGACUGCAGAUUUCUCAGCUAUUCAUACAGCGUGCAUAGCUUUACUGGCAAAUAUGACUAAAAAGCAUCUGAUACAACCAACACACAUUUUACAUGAUUCUGAUGCUGCCAAGAUGCAAUGAAAAUAUUCUUUUCAAGAAUAGUUUUCUUCAAAGUUGGAACCUGUGCUUCAUAAAUGACAGCAGUUCUCGCCAGCACGAUUAAAAAUACACCUGAUAUGCAGGUUCAGAGUGGUACGAACCAAAUGCAAAUACAUUUAUAUCCUGAUACUUAAACAAAUGUUACUCUUGCAAUACAGCUCAAAUGUUGAAAAACUGACAUCUGUUAAAAUGCGUCCUGUGUUUCACUGAACACUAACCCACUAAAUCCUGAUGCUGACAUUACAAGCUCACUCUGUGAGUUGUUAGAAGCUGUCUGUAUAUGGGUAAUGGUAGUGAAAUUAGUGUGGGUGACCUAUAAGAAUUACCAGUGGAAAUAACAAAGCCUCUGACUUAACUCUCAACGCUUUACAACUUUUUUGUUUUAAACCCAAUGAAUUGGCUUUAUUAAAUCUCAUUUAUUGGGCACGUAACAUACUAUACUGAAUAUUUACAGUGGCGCAACUGCCGUGGUCGCAGCUGCGACCGAGCCCGUCACUUCAGGGGGCCGGGAUGCCCGCCGCCAUGUGUUGCGGCCCCGGCUGCGCCAUAGAUCUGCCGGGGUCGCAAUUUAAGGGACCCAUCAGGUGGCCCAUGCUGUUAGGGCCACCCGAUGGCAAUGAAUAUCCAGGGGGCCUGGUCAGUGCUGUGGUGCUUUAACAGCAUAACUGGGCCCCCUGUGAUGAUAUCAGAGCGCAGGGAGGAAGUGACUGCAACCACCGGGAGCCGCGCAGGAGGAAGAGAGGAGGGAGUCAGAGUGGACCCCAGGGAAAUCACCCUCCUGCAUCUAAAGAGUGGACCCCAGGGAAAUCACCCUCCUGCAUCUAAAAGGUAGGAAACAGGAGGGUGACUUAAACAUUUUGCAUGUGUGAGUGUGUGUCUGUAUGUAUAUGCAUCUCUGUGUGUGUGUGUGUGUGUCUGUAUGUAUAUGCAUCUCCGUGUGUGUGUCUGUAUGUAUAUGCAUCUCUGUGUGUGUGUGUGUGUGUUUGUAUGUAUGUGUGUGUGUAUGUAUGUGUGUGUGUCUACAUGUCUCUAUGUAUGUAUGUGUGUCUGUGACAUAUGGGGUUGGGGGUCAGGGCAAUUUUCACACUGGGGCUCCUGAUGGCCACCUAAUCAACCCCCCCCCCCCAGUGGGCGGCUGCCUCCCUGUCAGACGAAGCAAAGGAGCAGUGUUCUCCCAGCUCUGCUCCCUCGCACACCAUUUGAUGAUGCUGGGAGCUGGAAUAUGACGUCAUAUUCCAGCUCUGGCAUCAGUAGAUAUCCUGUGUGGUGAGAGGGAGCAGAGCAGAGAGAACACAGCUCCCUCGCCGCGUCUGACAGGGAGACCGUCGCCCGCCGCACUGAAGCCCCACUGGACCCUAGGGACAGGUCCAUGCCAGCUCCCCGGGUAAGGAGGCUGGGUGGACUUUUUAAAAAAUAUGAAUAAUUUGUGAGUGUGCGUGUCUGUGAGUGUGUGUCUGAGUGUGUGUGUGUGUGUGUGUAUAUGUGUGUGUCUGAGUGUGCACCUGUCAGUGUGUGUGCACGCAUAUAUAUAUAUAUAUAUAUAUAUAUAUAUAUAUACGAGUAUAUAUUAUUUUUUGGGGGGGGGAGGGUGAAUCUUGGGUGAGUUCCCACACUUUAUUCCCCAGGACUUGACCCCUGUUUAAUAGUUGAAAAAAUUGGAAAAAGCAUUGUAAACCAAGUGGGGAUUUAAUAUCUGGAGGCAUUGAGAACACAGAUCUACCCCAUGCACAAGACACACAUCCUACCCACGCAAUACACAGGUUGCCCACACAAACAACAUUACAAUUGUCCUUCACACACACAGCCUACAUGCAAAACUCAUACAGAUUUCACACAUGCUUCUUUUAACACACACACACAAACACACACGAAAAUGCUAGAUAGUAGGUAUAAAACAGAUGGAGAAGUGAGAGAGAGAGAGACAGAGAGAGAGAGAGAUUGGUAAGAAAAAGCAGCAAAGAGACAAAAAGCUGUAUAAUAGGGACGUACAUCAUAGUUGCAAACAUUUGGAACAAAUAUAUUCCAGGGACACUUUGUUUAAGGUUCCCAAAGAGUCACUAAGACAUUUUGUAUAAUUCUCUGAGAAUAUUUGGUGCAGUUUUUUUUAAAUCUGUCAGUUUUUUUUCAUCUCAUCCCUAACCAUAUUAUUAUACACCAGUUUUUCAGCGGCACAACAGAUUUAUCAAUUUUUACGACACUUUUUCCCUCCCCACAGUCAUAUUCUUACACCAUGUUCUUCUGGCUGUGCAGCCCCUUCAUACAAACUUUUUCAUACAUCAUAGAGGGAAUGAAAAGGCUAUGAUCUUCUGUCCCAACAACAUGUCUUUUCAGAAAUAGAACUAAUGAAGGGUGGAAUCUGGUGCAAGAAAUAUUUUGGGCUCCCCUUUAGAGCAGUGGUUGCUAAAAGGUAGUAUCUCAAUGGCUAUACAAAUCCCAGAAUGCCUUGCUAGCUGGGGAUCUAACAUUUUGCUGAUCCUUGCAGGGUUCUAUAUGUGUGCAGUGUCUGUAUAUGUCAGUGUAUGUUGUAGGUGUGUCAAUGCAGACGUGUAUUUGUGUGUAAUUUUGGUGUUUGAAUGCAGUGGUGUUUUUGUGCGUUGUUUAGUAUAUUUGAAUGUAACAGUGUAUUCAUAUGAUAUGUGCGUGUGUGACAGCAAGGGUGUACUUUUUGUGUAGUGGCAUAUUAGUGCAGGGUGUAUUCAUUUAUAAACACAGAUGCACACACAGAUAUAUGUGAUACACUCGAGUUACACACAUACACAUGCACGCAAACUUACAGAUACACAGAUUCUCACACAAACACAAAAAUAAAGAAAGAAAACACCCUCAUGUUCCCAUACUAUUUGGGUGAAGGAGAGUGGCAUCCCUGGGGAAGGCUGAAGCUUACAUAAAUGUCCUGCAGCAAGUGAGUGAAGGUUGAGUCUGAUGGGAGUGGGCUGCCAUAAGAGAGGGUAAACUGAGGCUGAUGGGAGUGGACUGCUGCUGAUCCAGGUUCUCCCCUCUUCUAUAUCCCAUCAGAAGCAGCAGCUAACAGGCAGGAGGUGAAGCUAAUUAACUGAGGGUAUAGACUUGAAAGAAGGGGCAGGGGCAGAGAGUAGCAGGUUGGGGAGGCUGAGUUACAACAUUCUGGGCGAAUAGGCAGAAUAAUUGUGGGCUGGGGAGGAAGGCAGACUAUGAAUACAUUAAACCGACACUGGCAUCCCCUGGCAAAAUGGCUAUUUCAAAAAGAUACAAUCUUUAUGAAAUACUCAAAUUAGCUGUGUUGGAUUACACUGAAAUUCCAACACAGUCAAUUUAUAUACUGAGACAAAGUAGGUUAUACUUUGUCUCAGUAUUUUUCGUACACACCUGACACUGGGUGGAGCCAUCACCGUCAAGAAGUGUCAGUCCUCCAGAUAUCACCACUGAUGGCUGCAGGUAAUUGGCUCUUUCUGUGAAGCAUCCCAACAGUCUUAUGGGAUCCUCUGUAGCCCUCACUGCUGUAGAGAGUACAGCAGUGAUGUCGGUUUCUGGCAGCAGAAAAACCAUCGCGGCACCCAUGAAAUAGAGGUUCAGAUUAAAAGAACUCACAUUUGCCUGUUCCACUCCCCCCAGCCACCAGACCCUCAGCUGUGAUGUCACUGUCGGGGUUAUUUGCAAAUGAUGGGAAAACCAUUUGGAGAAGGGAAUUGCAAUUUUGUUGCAAAAGCAGAGAUGGGCAGGCAGAGACAACAGGUGGAUUUGUAACACAGGUAACAGGUAAUCUGCUACAGGUCCCGAGACCCUUUUUUGCUGGGACAGGAGCCUAAAACAUGAGACUAACCCGCCAAAAUUGGAACUGCUGCCAACUACAUAUGUUCAAUUUAUGGACAGAAAGACACUGAAACUGAAAAAGAGACUGAGGGAAAGUAGGAAAAGGGGCUAGAAAAGUGUGAACUAAUGCAGCAAAAGAGAUGGGAAAAGAACAUGAAGGGAGAUAUGGAAUUCACAAGGAAGAAAUCUGGAUUUUUACCUCAGAUUUUUAUUACCCUUUACAUUAUUUAUAUCAUUCUGUAUUUGGCACAUCAUUAUCAACAAGCUACAGCUUUGUGAGGCUCUUAAUCCAGUACUGCAUGGCAUGUACCUUUAAAUUCUUCUAGAGAAGUAGGACAGUAACCAUUGCAUGUUAUUAUAGUGGUUAUGGUGGAAUGAGGCUUUGGUUGCCAUCCCCCUGUUUUUUUAUUAAAGGGACACUAUAGUCACCAAAACAACAACAGCUUAUUGUAUUUGUUCUAGUGAGUAUAAUCAUUCCCUUCAGGCUUUUUGCAGUAAACACAGUAAAUGCAGUGUUUACAUUACAGCCUAGGGACACCUCCAGUGGCCACUCCUCAGAUGGCUACUAGAGGUGCUUCCUGGGGCAUUCAGUGUCCCCGCCUCUGCAUGGAGGGGGAGGAAUGGGGACUAGAUGGUGUUUUUAACACUUUAGGAUCAGGAAUACAUGUUUGUGUUUCUGACCCUAUAGUGUUCAUUUAAACAAUUUUCAAGCAGUUUGGUGGUUAUCUGCUUGACUGCUGACCCAUUACUACUUUUCCCCAGUUGCCCCACAAUAAGACACCACACACCUUUUCUGUGGAUAAGGGCAAUGGCCACAGCUUUAUUAAAUUCAACUCAAUUCAAAUAACCAUAACCUGUCAGCUGUUGGGUGGUUAACCCAACAGACAGUUCUCCAACCUCUUUUCUCAAGAGCCUCAACAGCUGGCACUUGCCAUCAGUCCUCGUGCGGUCUGUUGUCUCUCCAAUUCGACUCUGUGUCUUCUUCCUUUUUUAACAGUUGUGCUGCCCAGGGAUCCCGCCUAGCUGUGACAAAACAAGAAACAAACAUCAAGACACUAGCCACUAACAACUUCCAUAACCAGGGCCGGACUGGGAAAAAAAUUCGGCCCGGGCAUUUUUCAAUCAGAGCGACCCCCUUAGAAGGGGGCGGGGCCAGAGAGUGUGUGUUUUGUCAUCACUAAUGACAAGCACGCCCCCUCUCAAAGUGAGCAUGUUGGUUCAAUGCCCAGAGCCCUGCUGAAGAGCUCUGGCAUUAGAAAAAGGCCCUGAAUUUGUUCUGCGCAGCGCAAGCAAAUUUAAUAACAUGCUUGCGCUGUGUUUGCUUUUAAAUUGUCUCUGGUGUCUCCACAAGUGGGAUACCAGAGGACAAAAGGGCCAGGAAAGUGCAUGGUGCAUGUGUUUGGAGCCUGCUUGUGGGAUUGCGUGUGUGUAGAGUGUGGUGUGGUAUUGUGUAAAUAGGUCAAUUUAAUUUGUGUUUGUGGUGUAAUAUGUGUGGCUAGGGGCUGUAGAGAGUGUGUGUAUAGGGGGCAUAGUUUUAUAGGGGAUGCAGCGAGUGUGUGCAUACGGGCUGAAGUGUGUGUGUAUAGGUGGCGUAGUGUGUGUAGGGGUUGCAGAGAGGGUGUGUUUAGAGAAUGUUGUAUGUGUUUGCUGACAAGGAAUGUAGUGUGUGUGUGUGUGUAGGAGAUCUACUGUGUAAAGGACCCAGUGUAUGUGUGUGUGUGUAGAGGAUUAAGAGUGCAUAUAGGGUAAGGGAUCUAGUGUGUAUCUGGAGUGUAAUGUGUGUAGUGGUGCAGUGUGAGGGGUGCUGUAGUGUGUGUGUCUAUAUAUAUAUACACAUUUGGACUUAUUGUAUGUGUGAGAGGUGCAGUGUGUGUGUGAGGGUGUUUUUAUCUGCUGUCAAAUUCUAGGUUUCUAAUUUUCUUUGUCUGUUAAAGGACCACUAUAGUGCCAGGAAAACAUACUCGUUUUCCUGGCACUAUAGUGCCCUGAGGGUGCCCCCACCCUCAGGGACCCCCUCCCGCCCGGCUCUGGAAAGGGGUAAAACCUACCUUUUUCCAGCGCUGGGCGGAGAGCUCUCCUCCUCCUCUCCGCCUCCGUUACGCCCCGCCGGCUGAAUGCGCACGCGCGGCAAGAGCUGCGCGCGCAUUCAGCCGGUCUCAUAGGAAAGCAUUUACAAUGCUUUCUUAUGGACGCUGGCGUGCUCUCACUGUGAUUUUCACAGUGAGAAUCCAUAAGCAUACCUCUAGCGGCUGUCAAUGAAGACAGCACCACUAGAGGAUUUGGGGAAGGCUUAACAUUGAUAAACAUAGCAGUUUCUCUGAAACUGCUAUGUUUAUGAAACAAUGGGUUAACCCUAGAAGGACCUGGCACCCAGACCACUUCAGUAAGCUGAAGUGGUCUGGGUGCCUAGAGUGGUCCUUUAACUCACUGAGGGUUAUUUUAUAUAUAUAUAUAUGUGUGUGCUGUAUAUGUGUGGCAGUGUGCUGUAUAUGUGUGGGAGUGUGCUGUGUGUGUGAGUGAGGGUGCUGUGUGUGUCUGGGGGUGUGCUGUGUGUGUCUGGGGGUGUGCUGUGUAGGUCUGGGGGUGCUGUGUGUGUUUGGGGGUGCUGUGUGUGUCUGGGUGCACUGUGUGUGUCUGGGUGCACUGUGUGUCUAGGUGCACUGUGUGUCUGGGUGCACUGUGUGUGUGUGUUUGUGUGUGUCGGGGUGCUGUGUGUGUCUGGGUGCUGUGUGUGUCUGGGUGCUCUGUGUGUUUGGGGGUGCACUGUGUGUCUGGGGGCGCUGUGUGUGUCUGGGGGCGCUGUGUGUGUCGGGGUGCGCUGUGUGUGUUAGGGUGUUGUGUGUGUCUGGGUGCUGUGUGUGUCUGGGUGCUCUGUGUGUUUGGCGGUGCACUGUGUGUCUGCGGGCGCUGUGUGUGUCUGGGGGCGCUGUGUGUGUCUGGGGGUGCUGUGUGUGUCGGGGUGCGCUGUGUGUGUCUGCACUGUGUGUCUGGGUGCUGUGUGUGUCUGUGUGGUGCUGUGUGGGUGCUCUGUCUGGGUGCUGUGUGUGUGUGAACGUAUUUUUUAUUUAAAUAUAUAUUUAUUAAUAAAAAAAAAAAAAAUGAUAUCACCCCCCCUCCCUUCUUACCUUUAUCCUGGGAGGGGGGGAGGAGAUCCGUUCUGUCAUGCUUCCCUGGUGGUCCAGUGGUGAGAGUGAACUCUAACCUGCAGGUUAGAGUUCACUCUCGCGAGAUCUGAGCGUUGCCGCGGUAACCGCGGCAACGCUCAGAAUCCCGCGAGAGGACCCGGCGGAGCUGCUUGUUAGAGCUCCACCGGUCCUCCCUCCCUCACCCAGCCGGCGGCCGCAUCUCCAUUCCUGUGGGCCGGUGAGGGAGAUGUUUGAUCUCCCCACCGGCCCACGGAGGCACACAGUGGGGCCGGCGCUCGGAUACGGCCGGGGAGAUCCUGUGAUCUCCCUGCCGGCCUCGGCCCCACGGCCAUCGCGGCCCACCGGGCAUUUGCCCGGUAUGCCCGAUGGCCAGUCCGGGCCUGUCCAUAACCAAGGAGGGAGGGUGGGAAAUUUAGCCAGGUUCCCUCUAACAUCUCUGCUGACUGGUAAGUCUCCACCCCACUUCUCUUCACAACAAACAAACAAACAAACAUCCCUCUUCCAAGCAUCUCUUUAAUAUAAUUAUAUUCCUAAUUUCUGUUUAAUGGGGCCAUAAAUAAAAUAAUGCAUGGUAAAAAAAAAGUAAAAGUGAGUAGAAAUGGAAAUGAAGGGGGGCCUAGACAAUUGAGCUUACAAUCUAGAGGAAAUGGGGUACUGGACUACACGAGGUGAAGACCAACUUGUCCAGAAGGCGAGCAAAAAUCAUCAGGCAUGAUGCCUGCAUCUAAUUAAACAUAUGUACGUUUAUGUGAGCUAAAUCAUAUUUUUAGCUGUGUGUUCCUUAGUUUUUGCUUACUUUUCACACAUUAGAAAGAACUAUUCAGAGUUUCCCUUUUCUCUUUAUUUCAUUUUUCUCUUCUUUUUUUUUUUUAAUGGAUUUUGUAAUGGAGAUAUUUUAUUAUGUUAAAGCCAGACAAAGAGUGUUGCUCUAUAAACAGAUCCUGGCUUCCCCAAUCAGAUGGGAAAAUCUAGAUACAGUAGAACACACAAAUCGUCUUGACUUUAUGUAUGUUGUAUUUUUGAUUUUUAUCUAGUUCUUUAUUAUAAGUAAACAUUUAGUUUUUUGUUUUUUUGCACUGGUUAACCUGUAUAUGAACUCACAUCUGUGCAAGUUUAUUAUCCUGUGCUUAUCUCUGCUGCUAUUUCAUAGUGACCUUAAAGAAAUGUAUAUUUUUGUUUCGAUAACUCAUCACAAGGAAGCACAAAAGGCCUCUUUCUAAAUAUCAGUGCAUCCUCUUAACACAUCCUGUUCUAGGAGAGAUGCAAUUCCCAUAAAUGUUCAAUAAAGUAUUGUCUCUUAAAGGGACACACAUCUACUAAUGGAUACUAGUAAUGUGAUUUAAAUGACCCAUACUUACCCCUAUUAUAUGGACAUCUGCAGGUCCUCCCACAAAAUUGCUGCUAUCUAUAAAUGUCCACUAUGGGGAAGAUUUACUAAAACAUUUCUCUGAAUACAAAAUAAAAGUGAAACAUUUUCACCAUAGAACUCAAAAGAACCUAUUGGAACAUUUCUUUUGUUUGAAAAAAUGGGUUUGUUUGAAAAAAUAAAAAUAAAAUCACAAUCCAUAGCUAACGUGUUGUCAGGUUGUGACUUCAAUGCGUCUGUUUAUUAAUGCAUUACAGAAGGUUGUUAAAUUAUAUGCUGGAUUUUAGAAAUCCCAUUAUACUUUACAAACGCCCAAUAUAUAUUUUUAUAAUUCUGCUAUUAUACUAUAUAUAUGUUCCUUCUCAAUAAGUAAUACAUACAUGUCUUUUUAGAAUGAUUGAACUCAGCAGCACACACUCUCUGACAUCUGAGAGAACUAAUAUUCCUUCCUUUUUAAUAUUAAAUCUAAAUACUUUGUAGACUGACAAAUAUGCAAACUGUAAUAUAAAUACUCUGAGUUGAGGAGGAUUUUAAGAUGAAUGAACAAAAGGAUGAAUUGGGGACAGACAGUGACCGUGCCCCAAGGCUAUAAAGCCAGACUAUUUCAUAUGAUGUGAGGAAGCACACAGAAUGGAACGCCUUGUGGCUUAUUUACUAAACAGUAUGUUUUAAUGAGAGAACUAAAAUAGCCACUUUAGAAAACUGCUCCAACUCAGCCCUUUUUCUGUCGCCCACAUUGAGUGCUAGCUCUCUUUUUAGUGAAUAAACAUCAAAAUGAGCAUAACAAUUUACAAAAACGCAUGUCUUAUUCCGAAUCUAUUCCCCCCAUGUAUCAUCUUUAUUGAAGUUUCAAUGUACAAGGCAUACAAAGAACACAACAUAUGGAUAGCCUAUAAGAAAACAGCAUCUCAAGUUAAUUGUUCUGUGAUAUUUGAAGACAGGCAAGCAUAUUGUUUAGUAGUUUAUCUCAAGUUCAAGCAUUGCUUUACCACUUUGCCAACAGUAGGUGGAUCUAAAAGCUAGACUUAGGCCAUGUACAUAAGAUGGAUUGUCUCCCAGGUGCUCUGAGAAAAUUACAUAUUGAAAACGAAAAUAGAUUAUUUGAAAUAGUUAAUUUGGAGGGGAGAGAAGAGGGGACCACUCUGGCUGUUAGGAUGACUUCUGUGGUAGAAUUGAUCACAAGGUUGCCAGGUUGUUGGGAAUCUUCCAGUGGCAUUCAACAUCAUAUGAUCCAUCUCUCGUGGAUUGUAGCAUAUCGACGAGUGAAGCGAUCAGUGGUUGUCACGGGAGUGAAUUUAGGUUGUAAGCUCUGACCUCCAUUACAAUCAAAUUAAUUCCUUUUGAAAUUGAAAAUACCACCUAUACCAGGAAGCCAGUUCAUAUAUACACGAACAUUUUCGUUUUACCAGACUGAUCUGAGCGCUUUUUGGAGAUGUUUUGCGCUCAGAUUGGGGCUAUUCGGGAAUACAAUUUUUGUGGGGUUCCGAUGCUGUUGUUAUGUAUUUUUGUGAUAUGUGAAAAUUGAAUGUAAAUUUUGCUAUUUGAGAGAUAAUUGGAUUAGCUUAAUUGGAGCUCAAUUAUCUCUCAAACACAAUGGCUUGUGGUAAGGAAACCCCUGUGAUUUUGUAUUAGAAACCCCAUGCUAGGGGCACUGCAUAAGAAGCCGAGUGUGGCCAAAUAAAGUUCAGAUUGCUGCUUUUAUCCAAUACGAUUUGCUGUGUCCAUUAUACACAAAGGGAAUACUUUCACUAUAUUCAGCACAUUGGGAAUAAGGACUAGUGGAGGAUUGAAGGACUAACAGCAAUAGACUCAUGAGAGGGGAUAUGAUAACUUUAUACAAAUAUAUUCGGGGCCAGUACAAACCUUUAUCUGGAAAUCUAUUCAUAAACAGGGCUAUACAUAGGACACGAGGUCACACAUUUAGGCUGGAAGAAAGGAGAUUUCAUCUAAGGCAAAGAAAAGGUUUUUUUACAGUAAGAGCAAUAAGGAUAUGGAAUUCUCUGCCUGAAGAGGUGGUUUUGUCAGAGUCACUACAGAUGUUUAAACUGCAAUUGGAUAAGUACUUACAAAAACAUAACAUACAGGGAUAUAAUUUCUAAUUUGUGGGGUAAUAGCUACUUGAUCCAAGGAGACAUCUGACUGCUAUUUUGGGGUCAAGAAAGAAUUUUUUCCUAGUUUGUUGCAAAAUUGGAAGCGCUUCAAACUAGGUUUUUUGCCUUCUUUUGGAUCAACAGCAACAACAUAUGUGAGGAAGGCUGAACUUGAUGGACUCAAGUCUCUUUUCAGCUAUGUAACUAUGUAACCCGUGACAGUGGUGGUAGCAGCAAAUUCCAGGACUUAGCUAUAUUUAAUCUUGCUGCCAGGAUUAGGAACCCUGUAAUAGGAUGGAGGACGAUGGGCGCUUUGUUGCCUCCUGUCAAUGUUGGUAGCAUGUCUAGCAGAAAGUAUUGUGGUGCUAAUGGAACUUUGAUGUGUAGAACGUUCUCUAGUAAUCUGCCAACAUAUUUCCAAUAAUUGUUCAGCUGUGUGGAUCAUUGUUCCCGGUUCUUAUUGGCACCUCCAAAAGAGCUUUGAGGAGUUUGGUUAUACAGGGAGUGCAGAAUUAUUAGGCAAAUGAGUAUUUUGACCACAUCAUCCUCUUUAUGCAUGUUGUCUUACUCCAAGCUGUAUAGGCUCGAAAGCCUACUACCAAUUAAGCAUAUUAGGUGAUGUGCAUCUCUGUAAUGAGAAGGGGUGUGGUCUAAUGACAUCAACACCCUAUAUCAGGUGUGCAUAAUUAUUAGGCAACUUCCUUUCCUUUGGCAAAAUGGGUCAAAAGAAGGACUUGACAGGCUCAGAAAAGUCAAAAAUAGUGAGAUAUCUUGCAGAGGGAUGCAGCACUCUUAAAAUUGCAAAGCUUCUGAAGCGUGAUCAUCGAACAAUCAAGCGUUUCAUUCAAAAUAGUCAACAGGGUCGCAAGAAGCGUGUGGAAAAACCAAGGCGCAAAAUAACUGCCCAUGAACUGAGAAAAGUCAAGCGUGCAGCUGCCACGAUGCCACUUGCCACCAGUUUGGCCAUAUUUCAGAGCUGCAACAUCACUGAGUGCCCAAAAGCACAAGGUGUGCAAUACUCAGAGACAUGGCCAAGGUAAGAAAGGCUGAAAGACGACCACCACUGAACAAGACACACAAGCUGAAACGUCAAGACUGGGCCAAGAAAUAUCUCAAGACUGAUUUUUCUAAGGUUUUAUGGACUGAUGAAAUGAGAGUGAGUCUUGAUGGGCCAGAUGGAUGGGCCCGUGGCUGGAUUGGUAAAGGGCAGAGAGCUCCAGUCCGACUCAGACGCCAGCAAGGUGGAGGUGGAGUACUGGUUUGGGCUGGUAUCAUCAAAGAUGAGCUUGUGGGGCCUUUUCGGGUUGAGGAUGGAGUCAAGCUCAACUCCCAGUCCUACUGCCAGUUCCUGGAAGACACCUUCUUCAAGCAGUGGUACAGGAAGAAGUCUGCAUCCUUCAAGAAAAACAUGAUUUUCAUGCAGGACAAUGCUCCAUCACACGCGUCCAAGUACUCCACAGCGUGGCUGGCAAGAAAGGGUAUAAAAGAAGAAAAUCUAAUGACAUGGCCUCCUUGUUCACCUGAUCUGAACCCCAUUGAGAACCUGUGGUCCAUCAUCAAAUGUGAGAUUUACAAGGAGGGAAAACAGUACACCUCUCUGAACAGUGUCUGGGAGGCUGUGGUUGCUGCUGCACGCAAUGUUGAUGGUGAACAGAUCAAAACACUGACAGAAUCCAUGGAUGGCAGGCUUUUGAGUGUCCUUGCAAAGAAAGGUGGCUAUAUUGGUCACUGAUUUGUUUUUGUUUUGUUUUUGAAUGUCAGAAAUGUAUAUUUGUGAAUGUUGAGAUGUUAUAUUGGUUUCACUGGUAAUAAUAAAUAAUUGAAAUGGGUAUAUAUUUGUUUUUUGUUAAGUUGCCUAAUAAUUAUGCACAGUAAUAGUCACCUGCACACACAGAUAUCCCCCUAACAUAGCUAAAACUAAAAACAAACUAAAAACUACUUCCAAAAAUAUUCAGCUUUGAUAUUAAUGAGUUUUUUGGGUUCAUUGAGAACAUGGUUGUUGUUCAAUAAUAAAAUUAAUCCUCAAAAAUACAACUUGCCUAAUAAUUCUGCACUCCCUGUAUGUGGGCCAGUAUGGAAGGUACCAUGUAGAUUGGGGUUACCUCCAGCUCUGCAAGCGGUUCACGAAGUUUGAUCAUUAGUCGUAUGUUCUUUACCUGGAGGUAGGUGAACAUGUGAGAUGGCGGUAAGUUAUAGGUAGAACACAAUUGUGGUAAUGGAAUAUAAUAUUGCUGGGUGAGUAAUUGCUGUAUGUUGGUGAUCCAUGCUGUUAUCCAUGUAUCUAUUGGGAGAUCUGGUGACAGUAAACUAAGAGAGCUUGUUGGUGCAAAUAGUAAUCCUGAAGUAUGUGGAAUUAACUUUGCAAGCCAAGUGCACCAGGUCUGUAGCGUAAAGGAUGAUGUUCUUAAGAUAGCUGUAGGUAUUGUUUUGUGAUUAUUUGGAUGUCGCAUGAUUUGGCACAUCGUGAAAGGUGAGAUAUGCUUCCUCCAGAUGCACCCACAUAGGCGAGAGAUAAAUGCUCCAGUUUGUGAGAGAAUGGUUGUGUUAUCAUUUUAGCGUAUAUCCGGGACCACUGUGCGUCAGAUAUACAACUUGAUCAGUAGCUAAAAAGUUUUUAGUAAGGUUUUGGGCAAGCAGAUUGGGAGAAUUCUAAAUAGAUUUAGUAUUUGAGGCAAAAUGCUUGUUUUUAUACAGUGUAUCCUUCCCACCCACGAGAUGUUUCCAGUAGUAAUUUUAUUUUGACUAGCAGUUUGUUAUACUUAGCCUGUAUAAGGGCAGCUUUUGUGAUAGCUAUUUAAACCCCCAGGUAUUCUAGGUGUUGUCCCCCCAAUCAAACUGGUAUGGGCUUUGUAGUUUUUAUAUGGUUAGUAUGGUGAGGCAUAGUGGAAGGGCUUGUGUCUUACUGGCUUUGUUUUUGUAGUAUGAAAUGCAACCAUAUUCGGUAAGUGUGUUGUUCAGCGUUGGUAAGGAUUUUAUGGGCUGCAACAAAGUUAAUAGAAUAUAGUUAGGAAAAAAUUAUAAUUUCUGUUGGCCUAUGCGUGUAUCUAUGCCUGGAAUGGUGUCAUCUGAUUUGACCUUAUAAAGGUACUCCUCACUUACCGACUGGGUUCUGUUACUAUGACCCGGUCAUUAAACGAAUUGGUCGGUAAGUGAGGAGUUAAGGGAUUCCCUGCUCUGGUGCACUUGUCUACACUUGGGCAAAUUUCCCCAAGCGUAGACGAACGCACCAGAGCAGGGAAUCCCUCUAACCUAUGUUCCGGCAAAUUUACCCGAACAUAGAUUUAAGGGAUUCCCUGCUCUGGUGCGCAUGUUUGUGUUCAGGGACAUUUCCCCAAACAUAGAUGAACGCACAAGAGCCGGGAAUCCCUCUAAUCUAUACUCAGCGACAUUUUCCUGAACAUAGAUUAGAGGGAUUCCCUGCUCUGUUGCGUUCGUCUAUGUUCGGGGAAAUUUCCCAGAACAUAGACGAAUGCAGCAGAUCAGGGAAUCCCUCUAAUUCCCACGACAGCUCGUCGUAAAACAGGUAGGUCACAAAACGAAGACCACCUGUAUACUAAGAGCUUUAGGGCUAGCAGAAAGAUGAGGGGGUCGAGUGGGCACCCUUGUCUCCUCUCAUUAGUAAUCUGCCGAGGUGUUGAGAGAAAUCUGGAGUUUAAGAUUUCUGAUGGUAAGACGUAUAAUCUCAUUAUGGCUUUGAGAAAGGAUAGUGGAAAAUGUUUUUUUUUAACGUGUGUUGCAUAUAUAUAGCCAGUUUAGCCUUUUUGGCCUCUAAGGUGAUGAAGAUGCUAGGUUUGUUAUUUCUUUUGAUAAUCUCUUAAAGGAUAAGACCUAUAAUCUAAGACUUAUGUGUGUGCCAGGUGGUUGGAUUUUAGGUUGUUUUAUAUGAGCUGAGGGAAAGUACUCUGUUAUUUGUGCCACUAUUCUCUCUUUUAUGUGAGGAUCUUUAAGCAGGAAGUUCUUCAAUGUCCAUUGUCCCUAACCUGUAGCUGGGUAGUGUGUUGUGAAUGAGGAGAUGGUUGGAGCAUGGUCUGCCCUUGUGAUGGAUCCUAUUUUAGAGUGUACCUGUGAUUAAAGUGUGAGAGAAUCUACCAAACAAAGGUCCAUGCGUGAGUAUUUGUGGUGUGCUGCAGAGAUAUAGGAAGAAUCAAUUUCCUUAGGGUCAUAUAUCACCUCAACAUGUCAUAUAGCCAAAAUUUGGAACGUAAUUUUUAAUGAUUUAUUGAACUUGAUGGCUUGUCUCGUGUGUGGACGGUUCUGAUAAUUUUUGGCAUCUAAAUGUUGGUCAGAAGUGCAAUUGAUAUCUCCCAGUUUCAGAAAUCAUCCCUUUUUGAUAUAGUGUGAUUUCUGAAAACUACUAGAUAGGAAGGACAUCUGGUGUUCAUUUGUAAGGUUUUGGAAUUUAAGGAGUCUACUAUUAUGAGCAGGCGCACGGCCGGGUUAUUGUAUUGAUCACCUCAUGAGAAACUCCAGUUUUGUGAAAUAGUAUAUAGCACCCUUUGUUUGGUUAGGAAAGUAUGCAUGGAACCCUACUGGUUACUACGGUGAGGAGAAUUUUGAUUGGUUGAUCUUGCAAAAAUGCAUUUCUUGACAACGUAUGAUAGCUGCCUGUAACUUGGUUGCAUCCCAUAUGAGUUGUUUCCACUUGUAUGGGCUAUUGAACCCUAUAGCGUUCAUCAAGUAGAUAGUAAAUGAUUGGGUUAUCAGGGAUGACUGGUAUUUGAACGGAAUUAUGAAUUGGUUCCCAGAUGCAAGUAUCCAGUGCUGUACUCGGACACAAGGGCCGCCAUCCGGGCAUGACAACCAUGACGGUUGUCAUAGGCCCAGCUGUCCUGGCGGGCCCGGGCUGCUUUGGCAGUCCCGGUUGCCAUAUUCCCUAUGUGCACAUAUAUAUAGCGAUUCUUGUAUGCGAUUCUUCUAUGUAUUUAUAUAUAUAUAUGCAUUGCGGGCCCCCUGUACAUUGCAGAGGGGGCUCAGCACACUCUGUGUACCCUUUCCAGCUCCUCUUUUUUUAACUUUUGUGAACCCUUCGGUCAUCUGAGCGUUUCCAUGGAUUACUAUGUCAAUGCUCCAUACAGCAUGCACACUGGUCUUGUGAGAGUUAGACUGAGAUGCCUGGAAAGGGAACACAAAGUGUGCUGAGCCCCCUCAGCAAUGUACAGCGGCUGGCUCCCUCCACCAUGCCACCGGACCACCAGGGAAUGUGAUCUUCCCCUCCCAGGCCAGGUAAAAAGCUGGGAGAGGGGAAAUAAAAUAAAAUAUACACACAUAAAUGUAAACUCCCACCCCCUAUUUUAUACACACACUACAUCCUUAUACAAGCACACACUCUGCACUCACUACACACACACAACAUUCAGUAUACACACUCUGCACUCACUACAAACACACUACUUUCACAACACACAUUCUGCAGUAAACUCAGAACAGGCCCUGUGGGUUGACUCGGGUGUGGGCCCCAGAACUUGGGCUGUAUUAGGGGCCUCAAAAUUUCUGAUGGCAGCCCUGCAUGGGCAUACCCAUCCAGGAGCCACCCAUCUCUCCAUAUCCUCUGGUCCCACAGUCUCCUCAGGAAGGGAGGGAAAAAACAGAGGGGGACAGAACAAAUCAUUAAGAACAUUUCUAGAAAAGAAAACAAAUAUUUUGAACAACACAAAUCAAACCCCUAUAAGUAUAAAAGAGGGCAGCAACCGAAAUAGUUGGCAAUGAUGGUACAUAUGAUUGUCUCAUGGGGCGAAGUUCGGUUGGCCUUCAAUUAUUAAAGGACCACUAUAGUGCCAGGAAAACAUACUCGUUUUCCUGGCACUAUAGUGCCCUGAGAGUGCCCCCACCCUCAGGGUCCCCCUCCUGCUGGGCUCUAGGGGGUGGAAGGGGUUAGACUUACCUCUUUCUCCAGCGCCGGGCAGGGAGCUCUCCUCCUCCUCUCCCCCUUCUCGGCUGAAUGCGCAUGCGCGCUCAUUCAGCCAGUCUCAUAGGAAAGCAUUCACAAUGCUUUCCUAUGGACGCUGGCAUCUUCUCACUGUGGUUUUCACAGUGAGAAGCAUGCAAGCGCCUCUAGCGGCUGUCAAUGAGACAGCCACUAGAGGCUGAAUUAACCCUAUUAUAAACAUAGCAGUUUCUCUGAAACUGCUAUGUUUAUAGAAGAAAGGGUUAAUCCCAGCUGGACCAGGCACACAGACCACCUCAUUAAGCUGAAGUGGUCUGGGUGCCUAUAGUGGUCCUUUAACCUGAAAAAAGUAGCUGAUAAACAACCAUAACAAAACUAAAUGAUAAGGAAUGUUAUGUAACAACUACAAUUGCUUGUGUAAGGAAACAUUAUAAUAGCAAACAGUCACUAGUACAAUUUUAUUAAUUAAAAGAAAAUUUUAGUUAUCUUUUCUUUGUCUCUUUUUUUUUUUUUUUUAACAUAAAAUUAUUAUAUUGCAUGAAAAGGAUAUGUUAUCCAAUAAACAUUCCCUGGUGAGAGCUCUAGGAUAACCAAACAGAAUGGAAACCACGACAGGGUAAAAAGGAAACACAGCGAGGGGGUUUAACUAGCCUAUUCUGCACUGUUAUUGGUGGGCAGGGAUCAUAUGAUUCCUAAACGUACGCGCGCUGAUGACGUUGCGACGCACACACGUCCGUUUUACUCCUAACCCCGCCGGAGCCUUGGCUAUAUAGGGCUGCAGUAUUCCAACUGCUGGUGCCCAUAGAAACACGCGCUUGCUGUGGAUGGACGCUCCAGCGGAUCGGGCUGUGAUCCGCCGCGUCAGAGGUAAGACAAAGGACUUAGUGGAGUGACCGCUCCGAUCGGGUGAGGUCACGUGUAUGGAGCCGUGACACCAUUGCUCCAUACUAGUAGCUUGGUGUUGUAACCCCAGUUAUAGUUCGUUUUAUUGUUUCUCUUCUCAAAAUCUGUGUGGUGGGGCCUAAUUUGCUUGUUUUAGCCAUUGUGUCUGCACAAAGAUCACCUUCUUUGAGGUGUAGUAGUGCAGCCUAACUAUAACAUCUUGUGGCAUGUCAGGAGGCAACAAAUGUGAUCUGGCCAUUCAGUGAGCUCUAUCUAUCCUCCACUUUGCAUUUUCAUGUCCUUGUAUUAUGGUUUUAAGUACUGACAGGAGGAAGGCCAGUAAUUCCGCCCAGGGGACUUUUUCUGGUAUCCCUCAAACUCUCAGAUUGUUCUUCCUUGAUCCAUCUUCAGCAUCUGCUACCUACUGUAUAAGUGUAUAAUGGCUGGAUUCUAGAGAAUUAACCUUCUCUACUACUUCAUUAUGAACUUUGCAUAACUCACCACAUUUACCUUCCCAGGUAUCUGUUCUUAUUCCUUUUCUGUUGCUAGAAGAGCUUCGCAUAAUUUGUAGAGGAUCUUCGACUCCGAAGCAGUGUCGGAUAAUGGCGAUGGGCCUCUUCAGGGGCACUGUCUUGGGUUGAAGAGGUGCUUCAGCCUCCGAGGACUUGGGAUGCUUAUUUGGGCUCAUCACUGGAACCGGUAGGUAUAUACUCGCUAUGCGAUUUAGGUUUUUGAUGGGAGCUCAGCCAAGCAAGGACAUGCCCUCUAUCUUAAUUUAUUUUGAUAUAACAUCCAACUUGGUUAUACCAAAUCUUCUAAUAAUAUUUUAUAAAUUGACAGCAAUUAUCGUUUUUCGUUUUUUGUAUACUGGGAUACUGACAUACAGCAAUUUUGGUCACCAAAAAUCUAAAACAAAAAUACUUUGCUCUAGAAGAGAAAGGAAACUGUAUCAAGCAGCGUAAGUGACAGUGUAAAUGGAGACUUCUAGAGUAGAAGUUACAAAAGAGAUAGAACACAAAACCAAUGAGGAAUAAUGGUCUGAAAUGUGUUAGGCAACUCUUUACUGGCUAUCCUUGUGUGUUUACCUUCUGGAAUUUGGUAAAGCCACUUUUAUAUUGUUUCGGAGAACAUUUUAUGAUGAGUGAUUGUCAAGUGAGCUCUUUUGAAGCUCUUGUUUUGGAUGCUAUUGUAGGCAUUUUGUCUAUCUGGGAGUGAAACUCAAAUUUUUGUGACUCUGCACUCAUUAUUGGUCACUUUCCUGUUGAUAUCUGGACCCCCUUAAUUUGGCAUCACAUUUAAUUUGGCAUCACACUAUAAGAAUUAAAUUGUAUUUUGGUUGUAGUUUGACAUACAUACAGUAAUUUCAAAAAAUAGUUUUUCAUGUUUAUAGUAAAGUAACCAGAUUACAUUUAAAUAGUUUAAGUUUAGUUUAAUAUAAUCUAUCAGAAUGUGACAAAUAAAGUCAUGUAAACAAAACAAUUUGUGAAAUACAAGUAACUGUAUGAAAUCUGUAAUCGAUAUUAUGCUAAAAGUAGCCUUUAAUAUUAAAAUGAAACACGCCAAAAGUGUCUUAAUACGAUCCCGUCUAUUCAAAUCGUUUUAGAAAAUCUAUCAGUCUUCUUCCCAAAAUUCACUUUAAAAGGAAUUAUGUUAAUAUAGACUUUAUUAUUUUUAUUGCAAAAAGGAAAAUGAUCUGGCCACUGUCUUUCAAAUGUCUUUUGGCAUUGAUUUCUACAAUGAGACAAUACACAUUAUAUAACUGCACCAAAAGCUGUAAGGAGGCUGCUACAGGGACUCAUAGAGAGAACUAAAAGUGUGCAAUGAAGAGACAUUAAUUUGGGAUUUCACAGCAAAAUGGGUAUUUGUAGCAGAAAGUUCAGGAAAGCAGUCAGGGAGGUUUUUAUAGACACUCAAACAUAUGGCAAUGAAGAAUGUAUUCCCUCAUAUGGGAUAACACUAGACCUCCGUGAACCUGUGCGUUUUUUGCCAGAAUUAUUCAGCGGCAUCAAAUUCCAUGGAAUAUCCCUCACACCAAGUAGCAGUUAUCCAACUUUUUUUAUUCUAGUAUUUUACACAAAAAUCUGUUAAUUAUUACUUAAUGGAAAUUAACACUUCACGUCGGAUUUUGAAUAAAAAAUAAAUUUUAAUUCCUUCUCUAUAUUUGUUUCUGGCACAAGUGAACUUCUGCUAUCAGAUAUAACAGCAUGCACCAAAUUACAUUUGCUGAUGUACCAUGAUGGCAUGUCCUAGGAAUGAAAUUAAAGGACCCUCUUCAUUUGUUUCCCAUUUUGAACAAGUGGAUCCAGCUGCCCCUCCGAAGGCUAGGGGAUGGGAUUAACUGCAGCCAUAGAAAGGUUUCACGCUUGUGUUAUGAUGCCUUGAAAUGAAAAUUCCCAAGCUGAGCACAAAUUGAUUCACUCUGCUGGAUUUUGAAUAUGAGUAUUCAAUAUCUUAAAUAAAACCCAUUUCUUAUUUUUUUCAUUUAAUGUUCAAAUAGCAACAUUUUCUGAGCUGGCGAGAUAUCUCUAUUGGUUAAUGCACAUUUAAAUUGCCAGGUUGUAGGUUUGAAAUAAAAACAAAAAAAAAGUAUAUUUUAGUAAAAUACUAAUAUUCAAAGAAUGGAACAGUUGCAUUGAAAAGAAUUUGCAACGUUUAACAAUUAUUUAAAGAUACAUACACAAUACACUCAUAAGACCUCAAAGAGCGUAUUUUGUAUAAUUUAAUAAUUUUUCACAGACAUAUUUUGUAUUUAAAGCAACACGCUAAUGUUAAAAAUAAAAAUAUAAUUGUUCUGAUGAUAUAGAGAUGAGCAGUCCUGAGAAGCUGCCAGAUUUGAACUUCAAAAGAUUCUGAAUUAAAUGUACUAUGAACAGAUUAAAUUAUGCGCGAACCGCGAAGAGUACAUGGUGGCUUAAUGCUGCAUUGGGCGCACACACUGCAGUCUAUAUGAGACCUUUUUGUACUUAAUUAUUUUAAUCAAAUGUGGUUUAUUGUGUUAAUAAAUUGGAUGUGAAUAGUUUGGGUAUUCCGAGAAAUAAUUUGGAACGUUGGUGACUACCUGUAAGGUCACAGAAUAGCUCCAACUUUAAUGCAGUUCAAAUUAUUAUAAUUUUGCACAAUGUUGCACCAAAAGCCUUUCUCCUCAGCCAUGCCCCUCAUGCCAGACAGACAGACAGACUUCCUUUUAAGUAUAUGUACACAGCUCAGUCCCCGACAGCACUGAGUGUACUUUUUUCAUUCACAACCUGGCUGCAGACAAUCAGAGCAGUGGCGGAUCCAGGGGGGCGCAAUGGGGCAAUUGCCCCCCCCCCGAGAGCCAAUGCUCUCUCCUGCAGGGCCAGUGCUGUCCAAUGCUCCGUUCUCGCGAGAGUGAACUCUAGCCUCAGGAGGUGCAGGCUAGAGUUCACUCCCCACUAGAACCACCAGGGAUUACAAGCAAUAUCCCCCCUCCCUGGGCAAAGGUAAGAAGGGAUGGGGGAUUAUAAAUAAUAUUUUAUUAAUUAAAAAAAACAAAAACAAUUUGUUUUACACUGCCCCCACAGCCCCCCAUACACACUACCCCACUAAACACACUGCCCCACAGCCCCCCAUACACACUGCCCCACUAAACACACUGCCCCCCAUCCCCCAUACACACUGCCCCACCAAACACACUUUCCCCAGAGCCCCCAUACACACUGCCCCCACAGCCCCUAUACACACUGCCCCACCAAACACACCCCCACAGCCCCCCCAUACACACUGCCCCACCAAACACACUUCCCCACAGACCCCCAUGCACACUGCCCCCACAGCCCCCCAUACACACUGCUCCACCAAACACACUUCCCUACAGCCCCCAUCUGUCCCCACAGCCCCCAUACACACAAACACUGCACCCCCAUACACACACUUCCCCAACUGCACUCCCAUACACACAUUGCCCCCACUACACCUUCAUACACACACUGGCCCCAUACACACAGUGCUUCCACUGCACCCCACAUAUACACACUGCACUCCCAUGAACACACUACACCCCUCACACAAACACACACUGCCCCUCCUUCACACAGUGCUCCCACUGCACCCCUAUAGACACACUGGCCCACAUGCACUGCCUCCCGUACACACACACACACACACACACACAAACACACACACACACUCUGUACCCCUCACACACUGUCUCCCAUACCCACCCUGCAUCCUUCACACACUCCCAUAUAUACACACAGACACACACACACACACUGCCUACUCUCACACACACACACUACGAGAGGCUCUAUCCCGAUCCUGGCAGACCCCAGGUAAAUUGUCAAAUUGUUAAACUGUUUGACUAUUUACUUUGGGAGGGCGCCACGGCACUCCUGGCACCAUUAUUAUUGUGCCUGGAUUGUUUCUUUAAAUAAUCUAUGAGUGUCCCUCCCGAGAUAAGACUCUGGAUCCGCCAGUGAAUCAGAGAAACUAUAAUCAGGUAGUGAUAUCCUUACUCUAUGUCUCCCCAAGUGUCGUCUCCUUCUAAUGCACAUUACUUUGUACAUCAGGUCAGUAAUGUCAGUGGAUGAGCUGUAUGCAUACAUUGUAAUAAGGUAGACAUUAUUUUUUUAGUGAGGGAACGUGUCCAAGGAGGCAGGCUUAUGGUGCAGCAUUCUGCAAAUCAUUUGUCCAUGCUCAAAUAUAUAAAGAUAUUAAUGAGGCUAACACGUAUCACAUACAUCAAAGUUGUAUUAGUGCCAGGAGUUAAUAUUUAAAGGGAAUGUUGUUUUGGUACCCUUUAAAUAUGCAGUCACAAUAAAUGGCAACUUUUGGCCUGGGUAAAUUUCAUACCAGAUCUGCAUGCCAGACGAUGUCCCCUGACAGUCCUGGCCACUCUCCUGCGAUCCGGCGAUCCCCAUGCAAUGACAAUGGCGCAGAACGCUCCAGCUUUUCAUCCCUUUAUCCUAGUCAUGACCCACGUCUUGUGUGGGCACCCUGCCAGAACUCUUUGUCCAUAUACAGUGGAUUGUGUUUGUUUUUGUGCACAAUGUGACAGAGGGCCUAUACUAAGCCUUUGUGACCUCUUUUCAUUACCAUGUUAUGGUUAUCGCUAGCCUGAGAGUGCAUUUCUAUUUUCUUGCUAUUUUUGGUAACUGACUUGGCUUUGUUUAAGAGUUUAUUCUAUUUUUUGAUAUUCCUAACCCUUAGCGCUGUUAUAUUCAUUUACACAUCUGUCUCCAACCCUGUAUCUGACUAUUCUCUAUACCUUAUAUUAUAUACGUUACAUCGGGCCACUCUAAGGCCUGGUAAAAUGUCUUUAUUUUGUAUAAGAUUAUACUUGCCUUACUAUUUGCGAGUUAGGGCAUUUGAAUGAACGGCCUGUUUAUGAGCAUGCAACUCACAGGGACAUCAAACAUAUUCAUUGUAGUCUGGCAACCUGGUCAGGCUAAGAGACUGCAGUACACUGGAGAAAUAUGCAGUGGGCAAGUCGAGGAUGGGAGACCAUUGACAGCAAAGGCUACCAGUCAAUUCACAAACCCACACGGUACAGGGCUAGUAAAAUCCCAGCACAAUUCCUGCCUGCUGCAUCACUCUUGCUCAAACAUACAUCCCAACACACUUCUUAUCAUUUUAGUUUUCAAAAGAAUUGUGUGAGACUGCAACGUAAAACCCCUUUUACCAGCCCUCUAAUCCUAGUGGCCCUGGGGGCAAUUGUUCCUCUGCUCUUCUUGCCAGACCUUCCAUUCAUGGCAAGGCCAGAUUUUGGUCUAUGCUGUUUUAAUUCUUUAUGGAACACUUAUAAAUGUAGAACUGGUCAUCACCUAAUUCUAGCUAUAGAAUAAUAAAGGAUUAUUAUUUGAGCAUUAUUGUGGAACAUACCACAUUAAUAUUCACUUGAUCACUUAUCAUAAGACAUCAGGAGAUGGAGAACAGUGUGAGGGAGCCCAUGGACAGCGAUUAUCCUUUAUCCUUUGAGAUAGAAAUGAGUGCUGGGAACUUGUACAAACCAUCACUAGGUUAUUGAAAUAAAGAAUGUGUAAAAACAGUAUCUUCAAAGUGAUAAUAUAUUUAAGAACAUGUCUUUACACUACAGUUUAACCCCUUAAGGAAACAUGUCGGAAAUAUUCCGUCAUGAUUCCCUUUUAUUCCAAAAGUUGUGUCCUUAAGGGGAUAAAGACACAGAACACAAAACAAGUUGAUACAUUGAUACAUUGUCUCCUUGAAGUUUUCCUCUUUCAUAUGCAGCAUUUUUACUUCCAAUAUGUUCAUUUUCCCUUCAAACUUGAGCCUGUUAAGCCUCACAAAUGUUAUUCACGAAGCACAUUUAAGGUCAAAGCAUUAUAUUUUAUAUACAUUUCAACAAUAUGACUUUGGCUUUAGCUCCUACAGUCAAGGCUGUUUUUCACUGUUCUAAUGAUAUAAAAAUGUUUUCUACUAUAAAGUUACCAGACAUUACUCGAAGUAUGAUAUUUGAAACUGUUCAAUAUUUCUACAUUUUAAAUCUCCUGAUAUACAAAUGGUACCCAUCUGAAUUUGCUGUAUUUAAAUAUAAAGCUGAAUUGUUACAAAUUCAUACAUGGAGGUGUUUUUGACAUAAACCUCUGUUAUGUAUAUUCAGGAGCACUCAUAAUUUUGGCAGAAGUAGUUUGGAAAGAUUGUAGCUUGUACAAUAUUUAUUUUGUCUUGCCAACAGAUUCAUCACCACACAAAAUAAUACAGAUGCAAUUUAUAAUUGUGGUGAUGUUGCAUAAUUUAAACAUUAUUAUGGGAUCUGAGACAGUACUGUGAUCAAACCAAGAUAUUGUAAAUCCAGAUGCCGAAAGAGAUUAGAACAUUUAUAGAAAUAUGCUUUCUGUAUGCAGAGACCCAUAACAUCUUAAUGUUACUACUUUGUAUAUGUGUGUGUGUGUGUGUGUUAAAAUGAUAUUCCAUGUUCUACAGCUAACUAUUGUCUUUGUAUUGUGUAUGGUGCAAUACGAUUCCCUCACCCAGUCAUCUUUUGUUCUAUCAUUUAAAACUUCAAUGGUUUGCAAAGAUAUAUAGCCCCACAGUUGUAUUUGUGAAAUCAUAGGUGGACUUCAAAGCUUCAUGUCCCACUACUCCCUGCAUCAUAUGGGUUGUGGGAUAGUGUAUUUAUUAAAAAGUGUCAGGAUAUCCUUGAGCCUCUAUUAAAGGGACACUAUAGUCACCAAAACAACCACUGAAGCAACUUAGCUUAACAAAGCAGUUUUUGGUAUAUAGAUCAUGCCUCUGAAGUUUCACUGCUCAAUUCUCUGCCAGUUAGGAGUUAAAUCACUUUUGUUUCUGUUUAUGCAGUUCUAGCCACACCUUCCCUGGAUGUGACUGGCACAGCCUGCAUAAAAACAAGAUGGUUUUAUUUUCAAUCAGAUGUAACUAACUUUAUUUUUAUUUUUUAUCUCCUGCUCUGUAAAUUGAGCUUUAAUUACACACAGGAGGCUCCUGUAGGGUUUAGCCAACUAUAAGCAGAGCAGGAGAUAAGACAUUCCAAAUUAAACAUAAUUUGCAAUAAAGAAAGUGUGAACAUUAGAUGACUCUUUACAGGACGUUCUUAGCAAGGCUGUGCAAGUCACAUGCAGGGAGCUGUGUUUAGAGCCACAUAAACAAAGUGAUUUAACUCCUAAAUGGCAAAGAAUUGAGCAGGGAGACAGGGGCAUUAUGCAUACACUAAAACUGCUUCAUUAAGCUAAAGUUGUUUUGGUGACUAUAGUGUCUCUUUAACCCCUUAAGUACACAUGACAUGUGUGACAUGUCAUGAUUCCCUUUUAUUCCAGAAGUUUGGUCCUUAAGGGGUUAAGCAAUGGCAUGCUGUGCUGUGCUUGCCCCAGGAGUCCAAGUACUGUUGCCUUUUAAAAUGCCAAUCCCUCUUCAUUAGAGUUCCACUUGGAUGCCCUGUCCCUCUGACAAGCCACCCCUCCUACCAAUAAAGUAGCUCUGUGAUACCCCAGCUUCAACCUCCAAUAUUGACGAAAGGGAGUAUGUUACUGAUUAAUAAUUAAUAAUGAAUUAUCAUGCAUUUAGUAAUAAUUAAUAUAUAUUUUUUUUCAAAUAAAAUUGACAUACUUGUUUUGUGGUGACAGGACAAAUCAAAUGAUACAUCUUAUAGAAAUAUCUUUGGCUCAUGCUUUGAUAAAUAUUUUUGCAGCUAGCUUACAAGAAAACAGUAGCCUACCACAAAAACCCUCUGGUCUGGCAACAUAGAUGCAGUGCAAUAUAACUUUAACCCAAUGGUCUAUCCUUGCUUUUCUAGUAUAAUGUGAUGGUUGGAAAUUCAAUACCUUUAGGUCACAAGGCCAAUAACACUCAACUAGCAGAGUUUCUGCCUUAAUCCCUUCAAACCACUAAUUAAAAACAGGAGCAUUAACAAAUUCCCCUCAUGUAGCUUCAAAUUUGUGGUGAAAAAAAUAUAUUAAGAGUUUUGGAAUCUGUUUGCAAAAUGUAAUUUUUUCUGAGUCUUAAACUUGAGAAAUGUAUAAAAUUUUGGUUGUGUGGACAAUAUAAUAAGUUUCAGUGGAAAAUAUAUCUUACAUUGUAUUAAGAAUCCAAGCUCCAGAGGUAAUAAAUCACAAUUAAAUAUUUCAAAAUAUGUCCAAAAUGCAGUGCUGAUAACUGCCACUAGGUGGUGGGAGAGCAUUAAAAAUAUUUAAUGAAUAAUAAUUUUAAGUUUUCACUCUUUUGUGCAGACAUCAUAUUUUUAGGAAACUAUAUUUUCCCCUUCCUCGUUUUGCUGUACCAGGAUUCAUUUUCUGACCCAUACGCCUCCGUAAGCUUUUUUAAAAGUACGAUUCUAUCAGGAAAAGGAUUUCAUUAAAGAAAUCUAAACAUUUCUAGUGACUGGCAACUUUUAGCCCAGAAGGCUAGUGCAACCCAGAGACCCGUUGUCACGGCCCCCUGCUUGCCCGCGAGGUGCGGUCGCACCCAACCGGUGCGACCAUGCAGAGGAACUGAGCCUACCUGCUCAGCGGCGAGUCGGGAACCUUAAUCAAUAUGGUACCAACCACGCGGUCGCGACCAUAUAUAGCUCUGCCCCCCAGGCCCGCGCGACCGUGCGUGUGACAUCAUGACGCCGAUGCACACUCACGUUCUGGGGUCAGAGAUCAACCUCUGACCAAUCACAGCCAAAGGAGGGAUAUUUAAAUCUCUGAAGUUCCCUGGUUCAUUGCCCUGUCGUGGUUUCCGUUCCUGGUUCUUGAGAGCGCGUUUUCCUGUCCUGAUUUUGAUAUUCCCUAUAUUUUGACCUUGGCUAUUCCUGACUAUUCUGAUUUCUGGUUUCCCUGGCUUGGCUUUUUAAACGAUAUUGUGUACUUCUGGCUUCCUUGACCUUGGCUAUCCCUUGACCAUUCUCUGUCUUUAACAUAUUAGUCCGGCCAUUUUAAGGACCGGUUUACGUUCUAUCCUUUUCUAUUCUGUCUAUGUAGCUGUUACAUAGUUCUGCGUGCUGGACCACACUAGCAGUCGUGACACCCAUCCAAUGUUUGUCCAGGAAAACAAAAGUAUGGAUGUUGAAAAAUUAACUAAAUUAUUAGAGUGGAUAAAGUGGGUGACUUGUAGAGUGGAUAAAGUUAAAUGCAUGUAUCACGUCUAUUCCUUUUCAUUCUUACACAGAUUACUAAUUCCAGAAAAAGAAGAGCUAAUUAGAUAUGAAUUGAUACAAUAUAAAUAGGAUAACACAUUGCAUUGUAGCCAAAGACACGUGAUAAGGGCUUUGCAAUAAUAUACUACAAUUAUAGAGGUUAAAAGCCAAACAUCUUUCAAGGAACUCUAUAGAGUUAGGAAUGCAAACCUGUAGAGAUAGGGCACACCCAGGGAGCCACAAAAAAUUUGUUAAUGUUUUACUUGUUUCCAAUGCCAAGCUUUCUUUAAUGCUGCUGCCCGCUCCGCCUCCACAACGUCAUCAUGAAGGUGUUGCUUCUUCAGCAAUCGUCCAAUCCAAUGCACAUGCGCAUGUCCAAUCAAAUAUUUAUUGUGGGAAAACAUUGAAUGCUUUCCUUUGAGCCACAUUUGAUGAUGUCUGUGUGUCUAUAAGGCAUCUAGUGUAUGUGUUGAGGUACCAGAGUGUUUAUAGGGGACUUAGUGUGUAUCAGAAAUGCAGUGUAGGUAGUGCACAGUGUGUCUACAGGGGAUCUAGUGCAUGUGUGUAGGGUAUCCACUGUGUGUAAGAGGUGCAGUGUGUGUGUGUGAAUUUGUUAUUUGGGAUACUGCCUGAUUUGGGGUGAAGGGGAGGAAUAUUCUGCACCUAGCCAUACUUUAGAUCAGAGCCUCCUGGGUCCCCCUUCUCCUACUGUAAGGUGCUCUGAACCAAUGAUGGAGAUGUUUUAUCUCCCUAGCUGCUGUGAAGGCACACAGCAAGGUCUGCGCUUGGAUAGCACUAACCCAGUAGGAAGUGGCAGGGAGAUCUUCUACUCUGUCGACCUCGUCCCAUGGUCAUCAUGGCAAACUGGCAUUUGCCGAUUUGCUUGAUGGCCACUCUGGGCCUGAAAUGUCAGAAAAAUCUAGGCACAUUAACUAGUUUAUAGUUCUCAGUCACUGUCUCACUGAACACUGCCUAAUAACUUUAGCAAUGGUAAAAAUAACUGUAACUAGUAGUUAUAAAACUGCCCCCUCUUCCAGCAAUGUCAAAUUAAAACUUUUAUCCAAGAUUCUUCCAAGUUGUAUGUGUGGCGCUGGCACGCACAUUCACAUUGGCAAUACUGUAAAUAAGACUAUGGUUAACCUGAAAUUGCAGAGUCUUAAGGUGUAGCAAGAAAAAUCAUAGAUCUGCAUGAGAGUCUUCUGAUUGGUGUCAGCAUUGCAGUAGUUAUCAUAAUAUACUCUUAAAAUAAAAUGAGCACAUUGGCCAAAGUUCUGUCUCCAGCACUGAUCUCCACUACCAGAUUAAGUUCUUCGGAUGCAGCUUCUCAUAAUAAAGUGCCUCCUUUGUAUUUUUUGGAUCUCUGGCACUUAUUUAAAGAGAUAGAACUGACGGGCACUUGAGCAGAAUCCAACACUGAAGACUUUGUGGUUAAUGGGUUGCUCAAAGCAUUUUGUUCACAGCUGCCAAACUUACUCAGAAGCUGAAAAAUAAUCCAAUCUUUCACUGUUUAAAAAUGCCUCAUCACCAUCUUCCUUACAGCAGGCGCCUAUGGAGCCAUGCCAUGCUCCCCUUGGCCAAACAAACGUGAAAGUACAAAGUAAUAAAAAAGCACAAUAUGUCUUAGACAGCACAUCUCUUGCACACAUUGCUCAAGUCAGUACUAUAGCGAAAUAUAGCAAAUAUAUAACCUAACCUAAUAAAAAAUGUAUAGCAAAUAUAUAAAAUGAAUAAAAUAUAACUAAUAAUAUGUACUUAUCCUGGCAUACUCAAUACAUACAUGACAUCAGCCUAUUUAUCAACAUAAAAAACAAUAAUUGGAACUGUUGGUUUCUUAUUUUCUUAAAAGAUAAAAAAUGUGGAGAUAGAUCUAAAAUGUAAUUCUGUCUGAAUUAGUUUGAUACAAAGUUAAAGGAAUUUCAGCAAACCCUUCCAUAUAAAGCACCUCAGACAAAAAACUAAUCAUUACUUGACUCCCAGAUAGAAUGUAUAAUGUUAAUACAGAUAGAAGAUGGAGUGACAUGUUACCAGUUUUAUGCUCCCCGUUGUCUAUGAUGUUUUAGUUCCUCCGUACAAUAAAGUUUAUCUGUACUAUUGUCACAAUAUCACAUAUCUUUUUUAAAACCUCAUCUGUUUCCAAAAUCUGCGUUUUAAAGAAACCCUACCAUCAGCGGCUGUCCAGUUAACACUCCCUAAUAUUGCUGCACAUACAGAAAGGAGGCCAAGAGGAAGAGGUGCCAGAAACAUGAGCCCCAACUUCAGGGUUAAAAGUUUGUAAAAUGGUUGCUCGGACACUCCUGUCCCGACAACAACUUAAAUGAGAUUAAAUUGAUUUGGGAUGAGAGUGUUCCUUUAAAAAAAGCCAACAUGUAAUACCCCAUAUAGAGUGCUUUAAUAGGGCUUUAAUAUAAUCAGUUAAUCCAUACACAUACGUGCAGUAAAACACAUACUUGUGCAACAUGUAUAGUGGCACAGAUCUGAAGACAUGUUUCUAGAGCGACACACUCUUACAAAGUCAGAUAUUGAAAAACUCAUGAACACAUGGAGUCACAGUUAAACAGUCACAGACGAGCGCACAUAUAAGCAUAAAGAUAUGCAUAUAGCUUGUACAGAAGCCAAAAUUCCCGGAAGCUUUCUCCACUGAGUAAAGACUUAUGGUUCAGGGCUUAGCUCAUGGGCAGACACUCUCAAUGUGCUGGGCACGGCACUCCUGGCACCAUAAUAAGUACAGUGCCAUUUUUACGGUGUAUAACCUGGCACAUGUGCAUGUAAGUGUGUUAAUGCAGGAACGUAUGUUUGCGUACAGCAUGUAUAUUAAUGCAGUGGUGUAUCUGGUCCAGAAUGUAAGUGUCAAUGUAGGGAUGAAUUUUUGUGUAGCGUCAUAAUUUGUGAAUGUCACUGUAUAUUAGUGUCAAAGAAGAGAUACUACAUUGGUGGAUUCAGCAGUGUCCAUCCUAUACACAGAGCGCCCCUUGGUGGAAGGCCGGAGCAUAUGUGCAGGACCUGAGUGCAGGGUAUUUUGUUUUUGUUGGACUGUAUAUUAGUGUGUCAGUGUAUGCAAAUGAGGUGUAAAAAUGGGGGAGGGGGUAUAAAAGGAAAAAAAAGGGAGAGGGGAUGGGGUGCAUGUGGUUACACAUAUUCAAGACACAAUACAUAAGCCAUGAUCGAGCUAUCUAACACAUCGGGUACUAAUCUGAGAGAUGUAUGAGGCACAUUGUGGGGUGUUAUAUACACGCAGUUGCACAUUAAGUGGUUUUAGUACAGUCUUCCCAGGUUACACCUACCCAAGAAACCCUUUUUCUUUCCAUGACUUUCAUAUUAUGUCAAAGGCUGCAGCGUGUUUGGUGGAUAAGAUAGACAUUUUUUCGUAUAAAUAGUAUUGUUUAAGUUUAUCUAGUAAUUGUGGUGUAGGUGGGCAUUUAGGCUGCUUCCAGUGUGUGGCUAUUUGGUUCCUAGCUGCUAGAAUGGUGAGCAGAAACGGUUGUCUGCGUUUGGCAGGUAUGUUCCUGGGUAGCAUCAGGAACAGUUCUGAUUGUAUGUUUAAGGGUGGUAGGUCAGGGUCUACUGGUAGUAAAAUAUUGUUUACCGCUUUCCAUAGUGGUUGGAGGUCUUUCCAACUCCACCAUAUGUGCGUCAUGUGGCCCUCUGUUUCCACGCUUCUCCAGCGGGUGGAAACCAUAAUGUAACAAAACUUGAGACAUAUAGGUCCAUUUCAGUCUAUCAAAGGCCUUCUCGUGUCUAAGGUGAGGAGGAGGCCUCCGCUACGUUCUGAGUUCAUAUGGGAUAAAAUGUUUAGUAGCUUUCUGGUGUUGUCAGAUCCUUGUCUGUGUUUAACGAAACCAGAUUGGUCAUUUUGUGGGAGGAUUGUAGACAAACGGUUUGCCAGAAGUUUUGCGUAAAGCUUUACGUUGCCGUUUAGCAGCGAGAUGGGUCUGAAAUUCUGACAUUGGGUGAGAUCUUUCCCUGGUUUGGGAAGUGUGGAAAUGUGAGCUGUCAGCAUGUCACUCAGCAUUUGACCCUUCGAAUAGCAGGUGUUGAAUAGUGCCAUCAGGUGUGGGGCAAGGGGAUCUACAUAUGUUUGGUAAUAUUUGUUUGCGUAGCCAUCAGGACCCGGUGCCUUAUGUAUGGGCAACUGGCGUAUGGCUUGUUUAAUUUCCACCUCCUCAAACGGUGUGGAUAUAUAUUAUUAUUAUUAUAUGUCGGUUUGGGUAGGUGGGUCCCUUGUUUUUUGCAGGUCACACACGUUUAAUGCACCAUUUGGUUGUGUGACCUCUGUAUAACAAUUCGGAUGCUGCCCACUGUUAGGGCGCGUCCUUAAAUGCUAAAUUGGCAUGGUCAUGGUACAACACUUACGAUUCGGGAUUUAUUCAGGUCACCCAGGCAACCUCAUUUCUACACUUUUUUUGGUCACAACAGUGACAUGGACCAUUCAGAGUCUAGGUUACCAUAUUUAAUCCUAUUUUGACCUUCGUUCCGUGCCCUGUUUCGUUUCCUACAUUAGUUCCUGAUUAGUGUGUUUCUUGAGUUUUCUGUUUAUGUUCUGGUUUUGACCUCGGCUAGUUUAUAGGAAUUUUGAGUACAUCUGUUAUCCUGACCUGGCUUGUUAUACGUUCUCUGACUAUCUGUUAUUUUGACCAGGCUUGUUAUACAUUCUCUGACUAUCUGUUAUCCUAACCAGGCUUGUUAUACAUUAUCUGACUAUCUGUUAUCCUAACCAGGCUUGUUAUACAUUAUCUGACUAUCUGUUAUCCUAACCAGGCUUGUUAUACAUUAUCUGACUAUCUGUUAUCCUAACCAGGCUUGUUAUACAUUAUCUGACUAUCUGUUAUCUUGACCUGGCUCCUUAUACGUUCUUUGACUAUCUGAAUCCGUACCAGGCUUAUUAUACGUUCUCUGACUAUUUGUUAUCCUGACCCGGCUUGUUAGAAGUUCUCUGACUGACCAUCUGUUAUCCUGACCAGGCUUCUUAUACAUUCUCUGACUAUCUGUUAUCUUGACCUGGCUUGCUAUACGUUCUCUGACUGUCUGUAUUCCUGACCCAGCUUGUUAUACAUUCUCUGACUGUCUGUAUUCCUGACCCAGCUUGUUAUAUGUUCUCUGACUAUCUGUAUUCCUGACCCGGCUUGUUAUACGUUCUCUGACUGUCUGUGUUCCUGACCCGGCUUGUUAUACGUUCUCUGGCUAUCUGUAUUCCUGACCCAGCUUGUUAUACGUUCUCUGACUGUCUGUAUUCCUGACCCGGCUUGUUAUACGUUCUCUGACUAUCUGUCAUCCUGACCUGGCUUGUUAUACGUUCUCUGACUAUCUGUUAUCCUGACCAGGCUUGUUAUAUGUUCUCUGACUAUCUGUCAUCCUGACCUGGCUUGUUAUACGUUCUCUGACUAUCUGUAUUCCUGACCAGGCUUGUUAUACGUUCUCUGACUAUCUGUUAUCCUGACAAGGCUUGUUAUACGUUCUCUGGCUAUCUGUUAUCCUGACCCGGCUUGUUAUACAUUCUCUGACUAUCUGUUAUGCUGACCAGGCUUGUUAUACAUUCUCUGAGUAUCUGUUAUCCUGACCCGGCUUGUUAUACGUUCUCUGGCUAUCUGUUAUUUUGACCAGGCUUGUUAUACAUUCUCUGACUAUCUGUUAUCCUAACCAGGCUUGUUAUACAUUAUCUGACUAUCUGUUAUCCUAACCAGGCUUGUUAUACAUUAUCUGACUAUCUGUUAUCCUAACCAGGCUUGUUAUACAUUAUCUGACUAUCUGUUAUCUUGACCUGGCUCCUUAUACGUUCUCUGACUAUCUGAAUCCGUACCAGGCUUAUUAUACGUUCUCUGACUAUUUGUUAUCCUGACCCGGCUUGUUAGAAGUUCUCUGACUGACUAUCUGUUAUCCUGACCAGGCUUCUUAUACAUUCUCUGACUAUCUGUUAUCUUGACCUGGCUUGCUAUACGUUCUCUGACUGUCUGUAUUCCUGACCCAGCUUGUUAUACAUUCUCUGACUGUCUGUAUUCCUGACCCAGCUUGUUAUAUGUUCUCUGACUAUCUGUAUUCCUGACCCGGCUUGUUAUACGUUCUCUGACUGUCUGUGUUCCUGACCCGGCUUGUUAUACGUUCUCUGGCUAUCUGUAUUCCUGACCCAGCUUGUUAUACGUUCUCUGACUGUCUGUAUUCCUGACCCGGCUUGUUAUACGUUCUCUGACUAUCUGUCAUCCUGACCUGGCUUGUUAUACGUUCUCUGACUAUCUGUUAUCCUGACCAGGCUUGUUAUAUGUUCUCUGACUAUCUGUCAUCCUGACCUGGCUUGUUAUAUGUUCUCUGACUAUCUGUAUUCCUGACCAGGCUUGUUAUACGUUCUCUGACUAUCUGUUAUCCUGACAAGGCUUGUUAUACGUUCUCUGGCUAUCUGUUAUCCUGACCCGGCUUGUUAUACAUUCUCUAACUAUCUGUUAUGUUGACCAGGCUUGUUAUACAUUCUCUGAGUAUCUGUUAUCCUGACCCGGCUUGUUAUACGUUCUCUGGCUAUCUGUUAUCCUGACCUGACUUGUUAUAUGUUCUCUGACUAUCUGUUAUCCUGACCCGGCUUGUUAUAUGUUCUCUGACUAUGUGUUAUCCUGACCCGGCUUGUUAUACAUUCUCUGGCUAUCUGUUAUCCUAACCUGACUUGUUAUAUGUUCUCUGACUAUCUGUUAUCCUGACCCGGCUUGUUAUACAUUCUCUGACUCUCUGUUAUCCUGACCCGGCUUGUUAUCAGAUAAUGUAAUAUAUAUAUGUGUGAAAAAUAAUGUAUAGUCUUAGAUUUAAUAAAAAACACUGUCAUAUUAACCAUCUAAAUACUACAUUACUAAGUAUACAACUGGUUUUAUCAGAGUCCAUACAGAUGUUUAAACAGCAAUCUGAUGAAUACUUCCAAAAACAUAACAUGCAGGGAUAUAAUGUUUAAUUAGUGGGGUAAUAGCUGCUUGAUCCAAAGAGACAUCUGACUGCUAUUUUAAGGGUCAAAAAGGAUUUUUUUUCUUAGUUUAUUGCAAAAUUGGAAAUGCUUCAUACUGGGUUUUUUGCCUUCUUUUGGAUCAACAGCAAAAACAUAUGUGAGGAAGGCUAAACUUGAUGGACGCAAGUAUCUUUUCAGCUAAAAUACUAGGGAUGUGCAUGGGCAAAUAAUUCGGUUUGGCACUCCCGAAAUUUGGGACUUCGGCACUUCAGUUCGGUUCCGGAAAUUCAGGAAUUGCCGAAGUCCUGAAUUUCCCGAACCGAACUGAAGUGCCGAAGUCCCAAAUUUCCGAAUUGCUAAAGUCCCAAAUUUCGGGAGUGCCGAACCGAAUUAUUUGCCCAUGCACAUCCCUAGUAUUUUAUAGUUACGGUAAGAGUUACUGAUUUUAUCUUACUAAAUAAUAUCUGUAAAAAUAGAAUUACAUAAGUGUAGCUAGUUACAUAGCUGAAAAGAUACUUGCGUCCAUCAAGUUUAGCCUUCCUCACAUAUGUUUUUGCUGUUGAUCCAAAAGAAGGCAAAAAACCCAGUAUGAAGCGUUUCCAAUUUUGCAAUAAACUAAGAAAUCCUUUUUGACCCUUAAAAUAGCAGUCAGAUGUCUCUUUGGAUCAAGCAGCUAUUACCCCACUAAUUAAACAUUAUAUCCCUGCCAAUUCGGGACUUCGGCACUUCCGGAAUUUGGAACUUCUUUAACCCUAACCCUAACCUCACCCCUAAACCUAACCCUAACCCUACCUCUACCCCUAACCCUAACCUCACCCCUAAACCUAACCCUACCCCUAAUCCUACCCCUAACCCUAACCUCACCCCUAAACCUAACUCUACCCCUAAUCCUAUCCCUACCAUGUUAGGGCUAGGGGUAUCAUUAGGGGUAGGGUUAGAGGAAGGUUGGGGUAAAGGUUAGGGUUAGGGUCAUCAUUACCUUAAUAUUCCAUCCCUCUCCUGUUUUGCCACUUUUCAGAAAGCCACUUCCAAAAUUCGGCACUUCAGCAAUUCGGCAAUUCGGCACUUCGGCAAUUCGGCACUUCACCAAUUCAGACAUUCGGAAGCAUUCGAAUGUCCAAAUUCGAAUUUAAAUUCGGACCAAAAUGAAUUGCACAUGUCUAUAAAAUACUACUACUACUGAUUUUUAUUAGCUGCCCUCCCUCCCACCAAAGAGUACUAACCCCUAAAGGUAAGAAACAAAAUGCAUAUCUAUAAUGGCAUGUGUCAAGAGAAUAGAGAACCUGGGGAGAAGGGUAUAAUUCUGAUUAUUGUUUAUAAAGUGCAAGCCGUUUCCAUGGUACUGUCUAGUAAGUUCACCAGUAAAUUUAACAAUAUGACUGUGAAAGCGCAUGGGAACAAACAAAUAAUCCACCCAAACCCUCUCCCCACCUUGAAAUAAAAACAUUAUGAGGGGAAAGGGUUUGGCCACAGCUUUAGUUAACAUUUCAGCACAAUUACCAUUAACUUCCACUGCCGGCUGAAAGGCAGAUAUUAUUCAUCAGAGUUUGGUUCCAUAGAAUGUGAUGGCACAUAAGAACCAUUUGGCCCAUCUAGUCUGCCCAGUUUUCUAAAUACUUUCAGUCCCUAGCCUUAUCUUUUAGUUAUGAUAGCCUACCCCAUGCAUGCUUAAACUCCUUUACUGCAUUAGCAAGACAGAAACAUUCAGAAAUGUUCAAGAGCAUUGGGGGAUGUUUCUUAUCCCUAAUUUAAUGGUACUAAUUUUCUCUACCUCAAAGGGAUGAGUCAACCCUGGAGGGGAAUUGAACCUGUGACCCCCCUCGAGGGCUUUAUUGAUCUGACAAAGCAUCAGCCCACUGAGCUAUCUCACCAUUUAGUUCCUGCAUGAUUACCUGGCAGGAGCCCCAUCUAACGAUGUUUGGUCUCUAAUUACCUUUUUAAUCCAGGCACUGGCCCGAGUACCUUCUGCGGCUGUGACAAUAACUGCAAAAGAACACACAAACUCUAUCACUAUUGUAUGGAGUAAUAUAGGGAGCCAGUGCAAGGACUGACUAUGGUAUAGGGUAAUAUAGGGAGCCAGUGCGAGGACUGACUGUGGUAUGGGGUAAUAUAGGGAGCCAGUGCGAGGACUGACUGUGGUAUGGGGUAAUAUAGGGGGCCAGUGCGAGGACUGACUGUGGUAUGGGGUAAUAUAGGGAGCCAGUGCGAGGACUGACUGUGGUAUGGGGUAAUAUACGGGGGCCAGUGUGAGGACUGACUGUGGUAUGGGGUAAUAUAGGGGGCCAGUGCAAGGACUGACUGUGGUAUGGGGUAAUAUAGGGGGUCAGUGUGAGGACUGACUGUGGUAUGGGGUAAUAUAGGGAGCCAGUGCGAGGACUGACUGUGGUAUGGGGUAAUAUAGGGAGCCAGUGCGAGGACUGACUGUGGUAUGGGGUAAUAUAGGAAGCCAGUGCGAGGACUGACUGUGGUAUGGGGUAAUAUAGGGAGCCAGUGCGAGGACUGACUGUGCUAUGGUGUAAUAUAGGGAGCCAGUGCGAGGACUGACUGUGGUAUGGGGUAAUAUACGGGGACCAGUGUGAGGACUGACUGUGGUAUGGGGUAAUAUAGGGAGCCAGUGCGAGGACUGACUGUGGUAUGGGGUAAUAUAGGGAGCCAGUGCGAGGACUGACUGUGGUAUGGGGUAAUAUAGGAAGCCAGUGCGAGGACUGACUGUGGUAUGGGGUAAUAUAGGGAGCCAGUGCGAGGACUGACUGUGGUAUGGGGUAAUAUAGGGAGCCAGUGCGAGGACUGACUGUGGUAUGGGGUAAUAUAGGGAGCCAGUGCGAGGACUGGCUGUGGUAUGGGGUAAUAUACGGGGGCCAGUGUGAGGACUGGCUGUGGUAUGGGGUAAUAUAGGGGGCCAGUGUGAGGACUGACUGUGGUAUGGGAUAAUAUAGGGAGCCAGUGCGAAGACUGACUAUGUCACAGGGUAAUAUACAAACACUACAACCAAAGAAAAGAAGGAGAAAAUAGAAAAAAAGGAGAAGAAAGAGCAUAAAUAAACUAGGAGUUAGAAGAAGGAGGAGAAUAAGGAGAAGGGAGGGUGGACAGAAGAUUCUCACCCUGCUGCACUGAGCUAAAAAGGAAGAGGGGUGGUAAGUUGCAAUAAUUCAUACUUUCUUUGAAACAUAAUUAACCAAUCCAUAAAUGCCUUGCAAGACUGCCCUUGUACAUCCUAAACGGUACCCUGUGCUGUCCUAAGUUUGACUUACAAGAGGUAGUGAACCUUGCUUAAACAAGCAUACAAUCAAAAGUAAACAAGGUAAAGUUACACAAAAGUUAGUGUUAGGGUCAUUCCAGUAAAAAUUAAACAUGGAUUGCAUAUGUAUUAACAGCAUAGUCUGUAAACAGUAUAUGUUUAACUUUUUUAUAACUUUUGCACAUGAAUGCCAGGUCCCAAGUUUUUCCAGCAGAACAUUGUCAUGAGCAACUCUGCCUCCACCAGCAUGCCUUCUUCCGAUAGUGGAUGGUGCUGCCAACUCUUCCCUAGGUAAAUAGUGACGACACAUGCACCCAGCAACCAAUCCAGAAAAAAACCAACAUGAUUUAUCAGACCAGGCAAACUUCUUCCAUUGCUCCAUGCUCCUCUUCUGAUGCUCACGUCCUCAUUGAAGCGAUUUUCAGCAGUUGACAGGGGUCAUCAUGGGCACCAUGAUCGAUAUGCGGCUGCACAUAUGCAACAAACUGUAAUGCACUGUGUUCUGACUCCUUUCUUUAAUGGACAGCAUUACAUUUUUAGCAAUUUGAGAUACAGUAGCUCUUCUGUGUGAUUGGACCAGAAAAUUUAGCCUUCUCUCCCCAUGAGCAUUGAUUAAUGAAGCUUGGGCACCCAUGACCAUGCUUAUGCUGGUUCACUUUUUGUUCUUCCUUGCACCACUUUUGGUAGGUCCUAACCACUGCAAACCCGGGAACACUGUACAAGACUUGUCGUUUUGGAGGUGCUCUGACCCAGUUGUCUAACCAUCACUACUUGGCCCUUGUCAAAGUCAUUCAGAUUCUUUUUGCUUGCCCUUUUUUCCUGCUUCCAAAACAUAAAAUUCAAAAGCGGAGUGUUCACUUGCUGCCUAAUAUAUCCUUGACUGGUACCAUUGUAACAAUAUAAUCAAUAUUUUUAAAUUCACUUGUCAGUGGUUUUAAUGUUGUGGCCCGUGACUCCUGGAUCGGCUUUGCCACUAGGGGUGAGGAAACAGAGGACAUGUAAGCAAACACGGCGCCGAAGAACCCGCCGGACACGACCCAGCAACCACCCUGAAUCACAGUCCCAACUGGGAAAAGCACCCAAACGCAACUUACCAUCACGGGAGACCACAACCCUACGAGAAAUCAAACAACCACCUACAGGACCUCGGGCAGCGCCUGGUGAGCUAAGGGGUACCUCAUGCACGAAACACCACAGGUCUCCCUCUAGAGGACUUAAUAACCAUUUUGAUGCAAUGCCCAGACAGGAAGUAGGGCGAAGAACCUCCGAGCAGGGGACAGCUUGCCUACCAGAUACCAACCACCCGCUAAAUCAAGGGACGACCCGACAAUAAUUAACUCUAAACUAAUGCUAGAAUGAUGUACUUUCUGAUUGUCUUCAGCGUUCUCUCCUUUUUCUUUUUGUGGCAUGAGUCCUGACGCUAACGAACGUAUCUACUUGCCCUCACAUGUUUUACCACUAGCAGUAAUGGGUGUGGAGUCCCAGUGAUAUUCACUCAGCAGACACUAGCUUAUGCAAUUCGAUCAGAAUACGUUUUCAGCCUAUGUAAUUUCCUUGCAUUCUGUUAUAUAUCAAUCUGUCUUACACAUAGAGAGGCAUCCCAUGCCGCCAGGCUUAUCUUCCCUGUAGCAAGCACUUGCUCUCUAUUAGACUGUAAUUUUACAUCCUGCAUACUUAGAAAGUCCCGGUCAACAUAUGUACUGAGCGUCUAGAUAGGAACACUUAAACGAUAUAUGCUUAUCUAUAAAAACUGUGCUGUCUUCUCACAUGCUUACCAACUGUUAACGAAUGCUUUAUUAGAUACUUGUCAAUACUAUUGGGGCAUGACGAGCCCACUUGUUAUAUUUCCAUGCACUUCAAAAAUAAAGAAUUAAAAAAAAAAAUAGUGUUCAGAAAGUACAUAUAGCAAUUUCUCACAAACAGAAAUAAGUAGUGAAGGGGAGCAGGUGCUAGAGAGACACACAGAGUGCAGGAAAAAGUAGGAAAAAAAGCCCAUAAAAGGUCAGUAUUACGUAGACCCUG